UGUUGUGAGUCGGACAUCAUCAAGAGUUGGCGAAACUUUGUUUCUUUGGCUCAUCUAUAUUUGAGGCUUGAGGUGUUUUGAGACGUGUGUCUUACUGAGUUUCGAAAUCUCUUGGACUGGUGUUGCUGAGGGAAUCCCUUGUCAACAUGGCCAUGCAAGCAGCGAGACGGACGAAUGUGAGGCUACCGCCAGAAGUCAAUCGGAUCCUCUACGUCCGCAACCUGCCAUAUAAGAUCACAACGGAAGAGUUGUACGACAUCUUUGGCAAGUAUGGUGCCAUUCGUCAGAUCCGCAUUGGCACCGGUGCGGAAACGAAGGGCACAGCGUUUGUCAUCUACGAGGACAUCUUCGACGCUAAGAACGCCUGCGAGCAUCUGUCUGGCUUCAACGUUUGCAACCGCUACCUGGUAGUGCUGUACUACCAGCCAACCAAGAUGAACAAGGCUCAGGACCGGGAGAAGAAGAAGCAACAGCUGGACGACGUCAAGAAGAAGUAUGGCGUGGAGACGCCCGACCGCAAGUGAGCCGUAGCUCACUUGCUCCCCCCGGAGGUAGCUCUCCAUUCUCCCCUGUACAUAGCGCCAUGUACAUAUAUACCCCCCCCCCCCUCCCAUGCACGCGCAUGCACGCUUGCAUACCACGCGCACACAUUGCAUGCACACAGAACAUGUAUAUAAUUUUGAUCCUCUUUUGUACAUACAUGUACAUUGAUGGUAUUGGACUUUCGGCAUGAUUGCUCCAGUAAGCUCAUGUAUUGCUACUGCUUUGCUCAGCAUGGCUGAAUAACCAGCAGACAUAUCUGCUCAUGGAACGCUCAUGAUAUAAUUAUAUGCAUUGAUAGAACUUGCUGGUUUUGUGUUGUCUUGACCAACUUUUUGCAUGCUUGAUGCCUCAUGUACAUGUUAAUAAUAUUUUGACGUAUUA